UCCAAUUCCAUUCGCUUUCGUUUCGGGCUUUGCUAUGGGCAAUGAACAGUCACAGUUGAAAGGAGUUGAAAUCAGCAAGAAAGCGAUCCAGGUGACCGACUACUGGUCACUGUACAAUGGCGAACUGCCGAACGCGAACGGUGGCGCACCGAGCAGUAUAUCCAUAUUCCAGGGUGAAACGCUAGUCAGUGGGCAGUUCUGGACGAAUCAAAACCCACUCGAACGGGCGAUAAAGAAUCUUAAAAUCUAUCGCCAUCCCUACAUACUGAAGUACUUUGCCUCAUGGAGCAAAGGUUCGCUGAAGAUGCUUGCCACGGAACGGUGCCGUCCGCUGGCUACGUGCCUGAACAUAACGAGCGACGUGCAGAUAUGUCUCGGGUUGCGGAACAUACUUUGUGCGUUAAUUUUUCUAAUCGAACAAGCGGCCGUACGCCAUUUAAGCAUAAGCAUUUCAUCCAUCUACGUAACGGAUGAUGGUGCGUGGCGUUUGGCCGGGUUCGAGCAUCUGUGGCGAACGAACGAUUUCAAUCAAACGCUGCUGGAAAAAUCUCAACCAUAUCGGUACACCAAAGCGAUCGAUUCGAACGAGCUCGUUGGCAAAGGUCAAGGAUUGGAACAGUUUGCCUUCGGUGUGAUGUGUGAGGAAAUACUGCACAACAAAACGGACACCAACAUUCCCUCGGUGGAAGACUUCAAAGCGUACUGUGCGACGCAUCUGAAGCACGGGAAUCCUGCCAUGCGACCUAAUCUAUCUGCUGUGUUGUUGCAUCCUAUCUUCAAUCAUGACUUUAUCUUGAUACAUUCCUUCCUGACCGAGCUACCACUGAAAGGAAACCAGGCCAAGCAGGAGUUCUUCAUCAGCUUGGCCGAUCGGUUACGUUCGUUCGAUCCGGAAACGGUGGCCGAACAGAUGUGCUCCCUGCUUCUGUCACGCAUCGUGCUGCUCGACACAACAGCGCAGCUUUGUGUCACGCCCUACGUCCUGAGGCCGAAGAGUGACGAUCUUUCGCUGGGACUGUUUACGCCCAAAAUAUUCUCGGCGUACAUUUUGCCAAAGGUGAAGCAAGUGUUUUGCGUGCAGGACGCCCAGAUACGGCUCAUUCUGUUGGAAUACUUCCCGGCGUAUGUAGAGUUUUUUACCAAAGAGGAUCUGCAAGACCACAUACUACCUCAGCUUCUGCUAGGGAUAAAGGACACGAACGAUGUCUUGGUGGCGAAAACGCUACUCUGUCUGGCCGAUCUGGUCCCCAUCCUCGGGUCCGCCGUAGUUAUCGGUGGAAAUCGUAGCAAAAUAUUCGCCGAUGGAAGACCACAAGGCAUACCGGAUGCGGCGAACCCGUGGAGUGGAGUACGAUCAAUAACACCGGUGAUCGGAUCGGGAGAGUUCCUGUCCGGCAGUCCCGUGCCGGAUGUUGGUGGUGACAAUAGUACAUCGUUCUCGUCGGUACUGAACGGUCCGGGCAAUUUUAACAUCAUGCCCGAAAGGUUAUCACCCGAAGGGGAAGAUAUCUACCAGACCAAUUCCGAUGUCGAGCUGGAAGUGGAUGAGUGGAGUGAUUGGGAAAACGAUGGCAAUGAACUGGCGGUAAACCAUUUACGACUGAUAGAUGCAGCCGCGCCGCAACCGUUGCCAUCGUCUGUUGCGCUCAAUGGUACAUUGGAGGAGAAUCAACCGACGGCAGAGUCAAAUGCUUCCACUGCGCUGUUGAGUAGAGAAAAUUCAACCGAAAACAAAACCAAACAGACGAAAGGGUCGAGUCAAGCUGCGGAAAGUAUAGAACGGUUAGACAUCAAAACGCAACCAUUCCGUAAGUCCGAUUCGGCUGGUGGUGGAGAUGAGUUUGAUUUCUUCAAAGACAUGGAACCGGUCAUCCAGAAAGCAAACGUACUGCUUAUCGAUGAGGAAACAACACCGAUAAAGCAGGACGAUAGCACGGAACAACGUUCGAGCACGACACAAUUGGUGGAGGAGAUAAACCGACCCGAAUCAGUCCCGGUGACGCAGCAUGAGCUUAGCGAAAAGGAAGAAGAGCUUCCACUCGUCAAUAGUAGUCGGUUAGAAAUUAAGGUAGACGAUAUGAUGGAAACCACCGAGGAUGGUUGGGGCGACGAGGGAAACGAUGAAUGGUAAAGCGCUAACAGUGUAAUGCGCUUUUGUUUUCUUUUGAGUUAGCAACUAAGCAAUAAAGAGAUUUUAAGAACAGUUA